AAUUAUUUUGGUGAGCGAGCGAGUGGAGUACUUUACUAGAUUAGCGUAUUAUUUUUGGACUGCUUUCCGUAAAUGCUGUUUGCUGAAUGCUAAGAAACAAAAGAAAAGGAAUGCUGAAUGCUAAUUAUAAAGUAAAGGAAGCGAAGGGAAACCCUCGAAAUUUAGGGAUACCUUUAUCUUUAGACGAAGCCCACGUUUAAUCCUCCCUUCACGAACCUCCUACUCCAUCGAAGCUAAAGGUUCUGGCUUGCUGGGUUCUGUUGAUUGUUUGAGGUUUGGUUGAAAAUAUUUGGUCUUUUUAAAUGUAGAGAGAGAUUACAAAGAUAAUUCAACAUGGUUGAGAAAUUAUGGGUGAUAAGAGAAAACACUUCCUGAAGACGGGGCCUCUCUGCAUUUCGUUUUUGUGGUAAAUUCGGAUAGUACAUUUGAUCAAGGGUUGUCUUUGUUUUAGCUUGGAAUGAAGAGUUCCUUUUAUAGGUUUUGAUCAUGGUGAAACCUUCGUUUGUGUUACGACAAGGGCUUGAUUUUCACAAGACAAUAAUAACAGUGCGUUGGACUUGUAAAUAGCAGGAAAGUAGUGUUAUAAAUUUCUACCUUUAAUGAUGAGUCAAUUUGUUUCGAGAGGAAGGGAGCUUGAAGUUGAUCUUGAAAGUGGUGGGACAACCAACGAAGAAGAUAAGAUGAGCGAUCCCAUUUCAGCAAAUGGACAAACCAAGACAAUUUUAAAGAGGGCAUGUACUGGGGCCGUGGGUUUUCAUGGAGUGGCAAAUUCAUCAAACUUUAGUGAGCUUGCAGCUGACAAUGUGGAGUUGUUGAUAGACAAUAAUUCAGAAGGAGAAGAGGGACAGCAGAACAUAACCUUUCUGGAUAGGAAGGAUGUUGUGGAGAAACGCAUAAAGAAGAAUUUGAAAAAACCCCCCAAGCCACCAAGACCUCCUAAAGGUCUGUCACUGGAUGCUGCUGACCAGAAGUUGAUGAAAGAAAUCACUGAGCUUGCCAUGCGAAAACGUGCCAGGAUUGAAAGGCUUAAAGCACUAAAGAAGAUGAGAGCAGCAAAGACAUCAUCUUGGAGCAGCAGCUUGUCUGCCAUGGUCAUCACAAUCGUUUUCUGCCUCAUUAUAAUAUAUCAAGGAAUUAGCUCCAGAUACAGUGGAAGCUUGGCCUUAAAGGGGUCUCCUGAGCCAGCAGUUGGUACCGGUGAACCUUUGAUUGCAGUUCAGUUGUACAAGAACAAAGUUGCAUAUGAGAGUGAUGAAUCAGGCUCCAGGUCUUCCGAUUUGGCAGGAAGGCAGGUUUCUGGUUCAGGUUCGCGGAAGAAGUAGAGUUAACUGAAUCUUUUUCCUCCUGGUGAACUGUUGUUGAUAUGUGUCGCAUAGGCUUAUUGAAUUGCCAUGUCCCCUUUUGUAAACUAGUGUUGACGCAGCGCUUGACUAUUCUGAUUGUUGUAAAUAUGGGAACACCUAGCUUGGACAGUUAUCUGUAAAAGGACAGCUUACAGCUUGUACAGUGUCUAAUUCAGAGGACUAAUUAAUAGAUUUUCAUUUCAGAAGUUCAUUGCCUGGUUUGUGCUAAAAGAGUGUUGUUGGCUUGGCAUUCGGAUUUCAUAUAAUAGAAAUGAAGAGAAUUAUUGCCA